AGGUCCGCCUCCGUGGUGAGGAGGAGGAGGAGAAGGAGGAGGAGGCGGAGGGAGGGAGGAGGAGGAGGCCCCGCCGCGGCCUUCGCCGCCGCCAACGGGGCUGUCCCUGUAGCUCCCGAUGGAGUUUGAGGCCCUGAAACCGCCGCCGAGCUCUGCCCCGGCGAGACGAGGCGCCUCCGUCGCCGAGCCGCGCCGUCGCGGGGCCCCCGGGAGCGGCCCUUAGCGACCCCGCCCGGGCCCCUCAGUACCGGGGAUUGAAUUUAAAGCUUCACAAACAUUAGCUUAUAAAACACUACACAGCAAAAUAAUGAUCUGCUAGACUGCUAACACGAGCAUCAGCUUCCACAAUGCCUGUGCAGGCAGCUCAAUGGACAGAGUUUCUGUCCUGUCCAAUCUGCUAUAAUGAAUUUGAUGAGAAUGUGCACAAGCCCAUCAGUUUAGGUUGUUCACACACAGUUUGCAAGACCUGCUUGAAUAAACUUCACCGAAAAGCGUGUCCUUUUGACCAGACUGCCAUAAACACAGACAUUGAUGUGCUCCCUGUCAACUUUGCACUUCUUCAGUUAGUUGGAGCCCAGGUACCAGAUCAUCAAUCAAUAAAAUUAAGUAAUCUAGGUGAGAAUAAACACUAUGAAGUGGCAAAAAAAUGUGUUGAAGAUUUGGCACUCUACUUAAAACCACUAAGUGGAGGUAAAGGUGUAGCUAGUUUGAACCAGAGUGCCCUGAGCCGUCCAAUGCAAAGGAAACUAGUUACACUCGUAAACUGUCAACUGGUGGAGGAAGAAGGUCGUAUCAGAGCUAUGCGAGCAGCCCGUUCCCUAGGAGAAAGAACUGUAACAGAACUGAUCCUGCAGCACCAGAACCCUCAGCAGCUAUCCGCCAACCUGUGGGCUGCUGUCAGGGCUCGAGGAUGCCAGUUUCUAGGGCCAGCUAUGCAAGAAGAAGCCUUGAAGUUGGUAUUGCUGGCAUUAGAAGAUGGUUCUGCCCUCUCAAGGAAAGUUCUAGUACUUUUUGUUGUGCAAAGACUAGAACCAAGAUUUCCUCAGGCGUCAAAAACAAGUAUUGGUCACGUUGUGCAGCUACUGUAUCGAGCUUCUUGUUUUAAGGUUACUAAAAGGGAUGAAGACUCUUCCCUGAUGCAGCUAAAGGAGGAAUUUCGGAGUUAUGAGGCACUGCGCAGAGAACAUGAUGCCCAAAUUGUUCACAUUGCUAUGGAAGCAGGACUCCGUAUUUCACCUGAGCAGUGGUCCUCGCUGCUAUAUGGGGACUUGGCUCAUAAAUCACACAUGCAAUCUAUCAUUGAUAAGCUACAGUCUCCGGAAUCAUUUGCAAAGAGUGUCCAGGAAUUGACAAUUGUUUUGCAACGAACUGGUGACCCAGCUAAUUUAAAUAGACUAAGGCCUCAUUUAGAGCUUCUUGCAAACAUAGACCCUAAUCCAGAUGCUGUUUCACCAACUUGGGAACAGUUGGAAAAUGCAAUGGUAGCUGUUAAAACAGUGGUUCAUGGUCUUGUGGACUUCAUACAAAAUUAUAGUAGAAAAGGCCACGAGACACCUCAGCCUCAGCCAAACAGCAAGUACAAAACUAGCAUGUGCCGAGAUUUGCGACAACAAGGGGGUUGUCCACGAGGAACAAAUUGUACAUUUGCCCAUUCUCAGGAAGAGCUUGAAAAGUACCGAUUAAGGAACAAAAAGAUGAGCGCAACUGUAAGAACGUUUCCUCUUCUGAAUAAAGUUGGUGUAAACAGUACUGUCACAACUACAGCUGGAAAUGGCCUUCCUGUCAUAGGAAGUACUGAAACACCGGGGAAAAUUGUUCCAAGUACAAAUGGAAUUUCAAAUGCAGACAGUGGUGUUUCCCAGCUAAUCCCACGAAGCACUGACAGUGCAUUGAGGACUCUGGAGACUGUGAAGAAAGUUGGGAAAGUUGGCACUAGUGGCCAGAAUACUGCUGGGCCCUCUGCAGAGUCUGUCUCUGAAAAUAAAAUUGGUUCUCCACCCAAGACUCCUGUAAGUAAUGCAGCAGCUACCUCCACUGGGCCCUCUAACUUUGGAACAGAGCUGAGCUCUGUGCCUCCGAAAUCCAGCCCUUUUCUAACUAGAGUUCCAGUAUAUCCUCAACAUUCUGAAAGCAUUCAGUAUUUUCAAGAUCCAAGGACUCAAAUACCCUUUGAAGUCCCACAAUACCCACAAACAGGAUACUACCCACCACCUCCAACGGUACCAGCUGGUGUGACUCCUUGUGUUCCUCGCUUUGUGAGGUCCAAUAAUGUUCCAGAGUCCUCCCUCCCACCUGCUUCCAUGCCAUAUGCCGAUCAUUACAGUACCUUUUCCCCUCGAGACCGAAUGAAUUCCUCUCCUUACCAGCCUCCUCCUCCGCAGCAGUAUGGACCAGUUCCCCCCGUACCUUCUGGAAUGUAUGCUCCUGUGUAUGACAGCAGGCGCAUCUGGCGCCCAGCUAUGUACCAACGAGAUGAUAUUAUUAGAAGCAAUUCUUUACCUCCAAUGGAUGUGAUGCACUCAUCUGUCUAUCAGACAUCUUUACGGGAAAGAUACAACUCAUUAGAUGGAUAUUAUUCAGUGGCUUGUCAGCCACCAAAUGAGCCAAGGACGACUGUGCCUUUACCAAGGGAGCCUUGUGGUCAUUUGAAGACCACUUGUGAGGAACAGAUAAGAAGAAAACCAGAUCAGUGGGCACAGUACCAUACCCAGAAAGCACCUGUCUCUUCAACACUUCCUGUGGCAACACAAUCACCAACACCACCUUCUCCUCUAUUCAGUGUAGACUUCCGAACAGAGUUCUCUGAGAGUGUGAGUGGCACAAAAUUUGAGGAAGACCAUCUUUCCCAUUAUUCUCCCUGGUCUUGUGGCACCAUAGGCUCUUGUAUAAAUGCUAUUGAUUCAGAGCCCAAAGAUGUAAUUGCUAAUUCAAAUGCUGUGCUAAUGGACCUGGACAGUGGGGAUGUUAAGAGAAGAGUUCAUUUAUUUGAAACUCAGAGAAGGACAAAAGAAGAAGACCCAAUUAUUCCCUUUAGUGAUGGACCCAUUAUCUCAAAAUGGGGUGCAAUUUCCCGAUCCUCCCGAACAGGUUACCAUACAACAGAUCCCGUCCAGGCCACUGCUUCCCAAGGAAGUGCAACUAAGCCCAUCAGUGUAUCAGAUUAUGUCCCUUAUGUCAAUGCUGUUGAUUCAAGGUGGAGUUCAUAUGGCAGUGAGGCCACAUCAUCAGCACACUACAUUGAGCGGGACAGAUUCAUUGUUACUGAUUUGUCUGGCCAUAGAAAGCAUUCCAGUACUGGAGACCUUUUGAGUAUUGAACUUCAGCAGGCCAAGAGUAACUCAUUACUUCUUCAGAGGGAAGCUAAUGCUCUAGCCAUGCAGCAGAAGUGGAAUUCCCUGGAUGAAGGCCGUCACCUUACUUUAAAUCUUCUAAGCAAGGAAAUUGAAUUGAGAAAUGGAGAGAGUGAUUAUACAGAAGACACAGUAGAUACGAAACCCGAUAGAGAUAUUGAGUUAGAGCUUUCUGCACUUGAUACUGAUGAACCUGAUGGACAAAGUGAACAAAUUGAAGAAAUCCUGGACAUACAACUUGGUAUCAGUUCUCAAAAUGAUCAGUUGCUGAAUGGAACAGCAGUGGAAAAUGGCCAUCCCAGCCAGCAGCAGCAGAAGGACUCAGUGAAGCAGAAGAGACAGAGUUUAGGUGAAGACCAUGUGACUCUGGAGGAGCAAAAAACAAUUCUGCCGGUAACGUCUUGCUUUAGCCAACCACUCCCAGUGUCCAUUAGCAGUGCAGGCUGCCUCCCCAUCACCACAUCUGUCAGUGCUGGCAACCUCAUUCUGAAAACUCAUGUUAUGUCUGAAGAUAAAAACGACUUUUUAAAACCUAUUGCAAAUGGGAAGAUGGUUAACAGCUGAAAGGAGGCUCAUCUUUCAAAUUUGUGACCACACCAUGGAAGCAUUUACACUAGCUUUUUAUAUAUAUAAUAUAUAUUAUAUAAUGUAUAUUUUUUUUAAAAAAAAGAUAUUACUGGGGGCAUCCAUUUCCUGUGGACUCUUUGAUACUUCAAGCCCUCUUGCAUUAGCAUUAUGAAAAAAAAAGAAAAUUUACUUUACUAGGGUAACGUUCACUUUCCAGAAAUUAUUGGAAUUUGGACAACAUUUAACUUAAGCUUCAAGCAGCUUUUUAUGAGUUUGUAGCAAUCCGGUGCAGUAACUGAGCCAUUUCCUAUUUUAAAUGGCUUCUACGGUAAAUUAACAACUCAGUUAUUAAACUAGCAGGAUCCUACAAUGAUACAUCUAGUGAAAGUAGAGUUAAUUAACUAAUUUAUUUCUAUUUUAUGUUUCACUGAGAGAAAUUUCCAUCUCAUUCCAGCUGCUUUAUUUAUCUUUUUUAUUGGACUUUGCAUGGAUUUUUUUUUCCUUUUCUUUUUCAUUUUUUGAAGAGUGGAGUUAAUUGUUCUUUGCAUAGAGUUUUACAGGGUUAUAUAGUAGCUUUCUUUACUGCAUUAUAUGUAGAAAUGUGGUGCAGUGCUUUUAUCUGUAGCAUUUAAUUUUUUUAAUUUUCCAUUUUCAAGACUAGUUUCUGCUUUAUUAAUAUUUAUACACAGGCUACUUGUUGAAGUAAUUAAUUAAAAAUAUAACCAAGUGCCUAAGUCUUUCAGCUGAUGUACUAGAUAUUAAAUUCUCCUAAGUUAUGCAGAAUCGUUUUUACAAUUUUGAUAAAUUAUGCACUAAUGUAAUGGCAAUUUUUUAAAAUGCAGAUUUAAGCCUGUACAUUAUUGAAUCUGAUGACUUGGCAAAAGAAAUCAGGUGCUUUCAGCUUUCUUGAGAAAACCCUGUAUGUAGCGUUUGCACUGACUAACAAGAUGGUAUUGCUGGGUCUUUAAUUUAAAGAAAUUAAUUUGGGUGUUCAUUGCAUUGUUUUAGUUAGAUAUUGUUUAUUGUUAACUUCAUGUUGAGUUUAAUUUUCCUUGUUUUCUGACUGUUAGGUUGAUAAGACUUUGAACCAUGUAGUAGUAGAACAUUGGCUAACAUUUAUCCAUACAUAAAAAAAUGAAUAAUUUCCGCCCUGCCAUAAUGUGACUGAAAUUUUCACUUGGCAUCUGAAAAUAUGCAGUAUGUUCAACCAGCCAUGUCUCAGAUUUGUGGAUGGUAUUUUAUUGAAGCUUAAAUUUCAGUCAACAUUUGAAAACAAAUGCUGGGCAUUCCUUCCUGGUGGUAAUCUUACCUAUAGUUUGUUUUUUGUUGUUGUUGUUGUUUGUUUGUUUUGUUUUGUUUUUCCUCUAUUUCUUUAAGAUUAGUUUGACUUUCAUUAUUUUUUAAUUAACUUCUGUGAAGUUGUUUACUCUAAAAAUUGUACUGGAAUAUUUUAAGCCAAGCUGAUCUUUCACCAGGUGUACUGUAUGUAAGGGCUUCUCCUGCUAGCAAGAUGCUUAAACAGGAUCAUGUUAUUGGUCGUCUGAGCUAUUUAGUUAUUUUACAAAAACCACAGCAUUGUAAGAUUUUGAUAAAAGUUUUGUGCACAUUUCCAGGGGUGGGAGGGUUGACAUUUCCCUGAAAUUUCUUGAUUGGAAUGAGUAAAUACUGGUGUUUGAUAACUGUCUUAAUGAACAUGCUCAUAAGGUGACUGAUAAGUUGUAAAUAAUACCUGAGAAACAAAGGGGUAGUUUUGAUAUUCUGGUGUCAGUAUGGAAGAUCUUACACAUUUAUUUAAUGCUUAAGUGUAUGAAGAUGUUUGUUUGUAGCGUAACAGCACAGUAGCCUUGACUUAGUUUCCUUUGGUUAGUACUGUACCUUUUUGCCAUGGCCAGUGCUCCCCAUCCCUACAAAGACAUUUUAUUUAUUUCACUCUGUAACCUGAAAUGAAUAGGAACAAGAGUUUUAAACCAUGUUACAUUAACUUAUUUCUGACAUUAUAAAUUAGCCUAGGAUAUUACAGGAACAUGAUUGUUAUAUAAUUUAUAUCAGAACCUUUCUAUGAAUAUGAGCUUAUUAUAUUUGAAAUGCUUCCAGUCUUUUUUUUUUUUUUCUGUUUGUAAUUCCAAAAAGGUUAUGUAAACCAGUCUGUCUAUUUCAUGGAUAUUUAAUAGUGAGAUCUUCCAUGUUGAAGGUAAUGUAUUUUUUUUUAAGAUUUUAAAAUUGCUAUUUUGUUACAAAAUAGAGACCUAUUAACAGUUGAGAGCUCCUUAUGUGCCCUCAGGGAAAGAACCCUCUGUGCAACAGAACUACACAAACAUCUUCAGCACUUUCUGAGGGUGAUUAUAUACUACAUAAAUUGAUCUUGUGUAUUUAACCUUAUCUUUUUAAUUUUAAAAUUGAAUUUUUGAAGCGUGGUUGUGCUCUGCUGGAGGGGUUGGGAUGCUUAGGUGUUUGCCUACUUGUUCAGUAAAUUACAUUUGCAUCAGUAUGUGUACCUGCCAACGUUAUUGGUAUGUCUCAAACACUUAAAGUAAUGCUUGUCUUACAGCAGAUGAUCCCACAAAAUAAUAACUCCCUAUUCUUCAAUUUUUACUCUUUCUCACUAACAACAUAGGAAUUGUUUCUGUGUUGAUGUUAUUCUGUAUUGCAUCUUUUAUGUGGUGACAACCUACUGUCUGUUUUGGUGGGUUUAAUGUGAAAUAAAGCCAUUGGAUCUCUGCCACUUGAGAAGAAAGAACAGUUCAUCUGACCUUUCUUCAAAGUAGUACCUACUGAUGUCAUAGAGGAAAAUAGUACAAACAGACCUAGAACAUGGCUUUUAAAAUUGAGUUCAGUGAUCACUUUGACCCUUUAUCAAGACAUUAUGUGUACCUGCCAACCUUAUUGGUAUGUCUCGAACACUUAAAGUAAUGCUUGUCUUGCAUUUGGGAUCAGAGGCUACAAUGCAAUAGAAGAGAAAAUUUGUAACGUUGAUAUCUAAACUGCCAGGAAAAAGCAGUCUGAAGUCUGAAAAGCAGGAAAAUGGUGUGGGUUUCCUUAUGUUUUGUUUUUGUUUUUGUUUCCAAUUUCUGAGUCCAGUUCCUAGUCAGUGUGCCACAUUCAGAUGCUCUGAAUAUAACAUCAUUAGUCUUGUGUGGGGUCGUUUCAUUUUAUGAAUUCUAAGAGUUCUAUGUGUAUUCCUUCUACUUGGUACCUAAACAAAUCAGAUUCUCUUGCCUUUGCUACCAUAACUUAUUUCAAUGCCAUGCAACAAACCAGUAUAUGUGGGAACAGUUGUACAUUGUAAUUUUCAAAAAAGGGUAGCUCUUUAGGCCCGUGGCACUGAUUCUCUCCUUUCAUAGCUUUUUGCUCUAUUAAGAGAAUUAAAUGAAACCUCUCAUACAAAAAAAAAAUAAAUAAAUAAAAUAAAAUUUCCCAUUUGUAUGGAUCCUAGUCACUUUGACCCAGAUUUCAAAUGGAUGCUGAGUUACCAAGCACAUCCUGAUUUUAUAUACAGAAGACUGCAGAAUGCAUUGAUUUGUAGGACUUUUGAAUGGGAUCGUUUAACCAUUUGAAAAAAAUUGUUUAAAAACCAUAUACCCUACUUUUGAAUUUUAGAUGUGAUACAGCCCAUGUUGUCUUUUUAGCCAGGGUUGGAACUUGUAACAGUCAGAUUCAGUAUAUGAUUUCAGCUAUGAAUCUGAGUAUUUCUUCCCUUGUUUCUUUGAGUCGUUUUCUGAGCAGACUGUCACCAAUAUUGGUAACAAAUCAUUAAAGAAAAAAGUUGCAUUGCAGCUAUGUAUUAGUGUCUUAGAAUUUUCCUUGUGUUUUGGUGAAUCAAGAGUACUGAUGGGAUCACUUACUGUAACUCCUUCUACAGAAGGGCCCCUUCUGCAAGCAGAACACAAAUGAACAUGCUCAAGGAGUAUCCCGUUUUCUAGAAAUUAAGUUUGCUAGUAACUCCUUUACACUGGCUGUUUCUUUGUAUCCCUUUGCUGGCAAGGGAGUACAAGGAGUCAAACCACAGAUCAGAACACCCCACAUUUGAGUGGAGACUUAUUUUUACUCUAAGGGGAGUUAUUCCCUCAAGUCUGGAACUGGCAAUUAUUUUUUUUUCUCUUAUAUAAAAUUUAAAAAUAUUCCCUAAACCAGUGGAAAACAGACACUGGCUGCACUUAGUACUGCCAAAAGCCAAGGUCAUUUGCACAUAUUCCAUCAACCUGUCAAGAAUUAGGCCUCACUUUAUAACCCACGGCAUGGAAGUGCAUGCAUUCUCUUAGCUGGGCAAACAAUUAUACUGUAGUUGUGAUACAACACAUGUGGCUUUUAUUUGUACUGCACAUACCCCCUGUACAGCCACUUGGGAGUAUCGUGGUUAGCUUGCAGCAACUGCUGUCUGCAUUUAUACUGUUUAUUGCAUAUUCUUUUCCCUGGAAGUGAAAGAGAAAUGUUUUUCUUGUUGCAUUGAUUACAUUUUAUAAAUUUGCUUAGCUGGAAAGUUUGGGAAAAGAGGCCUGUUUGUCAAUUGUACAACCGAUUGUGAAGCUUAGUGUGAAUAUUUUUACGUCUGUAUUAGACAUUUUCUUUGCAAAUCUAUUGUUCGAUUGAAAUGUAAAUGAAAUUAAAGAUGGUGUACACCCAUCAUGUAAAAAGCAGGCACCAUCUCUAAGAUGGAUUUAAUGCUCAUUUUUAAGGCAUAUACUCAGCUUCUAUUUAAAACUAUAAAAUAAUUCUGUACAAUGAAAUGGGGAAUAUAUAUGGGAAUAAAUUCUAUUCCAUUUAUUUCAAUUUGAAUUUCCAAAUUGUAAUGUUUCCCUUUGUGCUAUAGGAAUAGGAUUAAAGCGGGAAGGCUAGGACUUUCUAAGGCCUGUAUGUGGGGGGUGGGCAGACACGGAACAAUGAGGGUUGUGAUGAUAGUGAAUAGCAAAGAGUGAAUUCUGUGUGUUUUUGCUGUAGCACUGAAGUGAAGAGAUAUUAGCUUUGGCUGUUCACAAAAUAGAGCAUCAUGAUUUUCAGUGUUUGAGAGAAAAAUUGAUGGAAAAAGUUUGCAGUACUUGACAUGUAUUUGCAUGCACAAAAUAAAAUUAUUUGUCCACCUUAAAA